CCGAUACAACCAACGAAGACUCAGAUACUAACAGUUGGAUAUGGAUUGGUACUUCCAUUGCUACUGCUCUGUUAGUAAUGGUGCUUUCCAUCUUGUGUUAUCUCCUAAGAAGAAGAAAAUCCCUCCUUUCAGGGAAAUGCCCGCAAAAGAUUGAGAAUGACUUGCCAGAUUUGGAGCAAUCUGAUAAAUCGCUUGAUGCUGAGGGGCUUCCUAAUGAAGGAAAGAUGGGACAUAAUGAUUUAAGUGCAUAUACUUAUGCAUCCGUCUUGGCUGCUACAAACAACUUUUCUGAUGAAAACAAACUUGGAGAGGGGGGAUUUGGACCUGUUUAUAGGGGGAAGUCGGCGACAGGAAGAGACCUAGCUGUGAAGAGACUUUCUAGAUGUUCAGGGCAAGGAUCAUUAGAGUUUAAGAAUGAAUUGAUGCUAAUAUCUGAACUCCAACAUACGAACCUUGUUCAACUUCUGGGAUUUUGCAUUCAUGGGGAAGAGAGGAUGUUGAUAUAUGAGUAUAUGCCAAACAAAAGCUUGGACUUCUUCUUAUUCGAUUCAACCAGAGGGAUGCUAUUAGAUUGGAAUAAGCGUUUCAGUAUAAUAGAAGGAAUAGCUCAAGGAUUGCUUUAUUUGCACAAAUACUCCAGAGUGAGGGUAAUUCAUAGAGAUCUAAAAGCUAGUAACAUACUACUUGAUGAAAACAUGAUUCCCAGAAUAUCUGACUUUGGUGUGGCAAGGAUUUUCAUGCAUGAUGAACCAGAAGCAAACACUAAUAGGGUUGUUGGUACACAUGGUUACAUGUCUCCUGAGUAUGCCAUGGAAGGAAUUUUCUCGACAAAAUCUGAUGUCUACAGUUUUGGUGUGCUAAUGCUUGAAAUCAUAAGUGGAAGGAAAAGCAGUAGUUUCAACGAUAAUGAUCACGUGUUGAAUAUAGUAGGAUAUGCAUGGGAGUUGUGGAAACAAGGUCUUGGGUUACAAUUAAUGGAUCCAACACUGUGCAGCUCAUAUAUUGAAGAUCAACUGUUGAGAUGCUUCCAUGUUGGUCUGCUUUGCGUGGAAGAAAAGGCAGUUGAUCGGCCCACCAUGUCUGAUGUCAUAUCUAUGCUAACAAAUGAAGGCAUGUCACUACCUGCACCUACAAAACCAGCAUUUUGUGCGGGAAGAAAAGUCCUUGGGGAUGGUAAAGAUGGAAAUCGAUCAGAAUCAGUAAAUGAUAUAUCGCAUUAUGAAUUUGAGGGACUUUAAGGAUUCCAAUAUAUGCGUUGUGUAUCAAUUUGAUUGUUGCUCCCGGUUUGAGCUUUCACCCUAUGUUCUCUACGUACCCAUCUUCUGUACUUGCAAAGCAUAAUUUCUACGUUGUUAUUUUUAUAAAUAUGUCACUGUGAUUUGUAGGUAAGGAUGAAUGGUUCAUUAGAUGUAAUGUGAGGAGCCAAACUGGAUUUUCUUUCUAACGUUAGGGGGCCAAAUUCCAUACAAUCUAUGUAAGAACAUAUUAUUAAUGGUAGUCUGAAAAGCAUAGCAUGUUAUC